AUGGAUUUAUCCAAGGGAUCAGUUGAAACUUUGAUUAUAUGUGGAAGUCUAACUAGAUCCACUAGAAAAUUUAAUGAACAAACAAGUAUGGAAGAAGUUAAUGAAUAUGUAAGUCAUGAAUUUUAUUCAAGUCUACCACAAUCAUAUCAAAUUGUCGUAUAUGAUACGACAACAAUGUCUUUCGUUGAUCUUGAAACUCUAUUACGAAAUCAAUUAAAUCCAUUUCAAACAACUUCCUCAAUAGAUAUUGAUAAUAUUGAGAAAAUUCAACAUGAUCAAAGCUUAUCCAAUGAUAGUUAUGAAAACUCAUCAAUGGAUGAUAUUCGUAAUGAAACAAAUUGUUUUAUAAACAGUAUUGCAACAGGUGACGAUAUUUCACAGGACAAUAAUGAAGUUUUAUCACAAAUGACUGGAGCACUUUCAUAUAUUGUCUUUUUUGUUGUUGAUUUAUUAGAUCUAUCAUUAACGACAACUCCAGCUGUUAUUCAACAUUCACAAAUACAUAAUUUAUUAUCGAAUCGAUUAUAUUUUUCAUUAGAUGUUAAACCUUUUCAAAGAAAUAUUUAUAAAUCUGAUGAAUUUAGUAUACGUGCAGAUAAAACAAAUGGACGUAUUGCUCGUAUACAAGGUAUUAAAACAAAUAAAGAAAAAAUGCGUCAAAUUUUGCCAAGAAUUCGAAUACCUUCAAAUGCUUUUCAAUCUAAUGUAAAACUUCGUAUAAUAGUUGUAUUAGAAGCAAUAGAUAAUGACAAACGAAUUUGGUAUAAACAUCCUGAUAAAGGAUUUUUACCAGAUCAAUAUACAAAAGAUACAAAUCCAAUUAAUCCAAUUGAAUUCAAUUUAAAUAAAAGUAAUUUAACAAAUGAUGAAGAUUUUAUAUUAAGUCUACAAAUGAUAACAAAAUGGAAUAAAUCUAAAAAAGAUUUUGAAAUAAUUCAUCAAUUAGAUGAAAAAAAUGUUGUUCAAUUACAUUCAGCAAUACAUGAUUCAUGUUCACCACGUUUAUUAUGUGUUCUUGUACGAGAUAAUAAUCCUGAUUGGAAUACAAUUUGUUUAUCAGAUUUUAUUCGAUUACCACCAAAAUCUGUUAGACAAAGAUCUUUGAGUGUUGUUACAGAACGAACUUAUUCACCACAACGAAAACGAGCAAAAAUAAAUAUGAUAUUUAAUAAUAAUGUCGAUCAAAUUCUACAAUAA